CUCUACCGGGGAAAGGCGGCAUGUGGGCGGGCAGGAGGAGCCGAGGAAGACGCGCAGAGGAAGCGGAGGGGAGGAGACCUUGCUCGGGACGGCAGCCGCGAGGAGGACGUGAACGCACCGUCAACGAGGACGCCGCUGCCUGGCUAAAGCUCUGGUAAUUGGAGAAAAGAAGAACCGCAGACAGGUGGCAUGGACACGCUUCCUCCGUGUUUGGUGUGAUGCUGGGUCUCUGCUGACCGUGCUGAACCCUUGAACCGUAACCAGCGCUGCUCUAUGACUGACCUCCCGUCAGAGCGCCGCCAUGAUGUCAGUGGACGUGACCAACUGUAACGGGCCCUCCGCCAAGCCUCCCACCUCCCUCAGCCUGCGCUCCUCCCACAACCACGACGUCCUCAAACAGCCGGGCUCCUCCACGCCCCCCAAGUGUCGCAAAAAGUACGCGCUCACCAGCAUCCAGGCCGCCAUGGGGCUGGGGGACGCGGCGCCGCCGCCGUCGUCGUUGUCGUCGUCGUCACCCGCCGCGUCCCCGCCGUCCCAGCCGUCGACCCCCAACAACCUCAAGCUGGCCAAGAACGGGAUGAACCAGCUCCGUAAAGCCGGGCAGGAUCACAAUAAAAACCAGACGGACGUCAGCGAGGACGAGUGCGAUUGUGAGAGUGCCACGGACGAGGCCAAGGAGCCUGACGCACACACCCAGGGGGAUGUGGCGCCCAAUCCGAACGCCAACACCGACCCAGACUCAAAAAGUAGCAUCGACCGAAACGCGGAUCUCAAACUCAACGGCAACUCCGCGGACUUUGUUUGUGACUUCAACAUGGAGGUGGGACAAAGCGUGAAGGAAGCGAUGUCGGUGACGAAGGCCGAGGAGGACGAGGGUCGCCAAGACCAGGAGAAGAAACCCUCGCUUCUAAUCCAGAGCGAGUCUCCGGCCUCCACCGAGGAGCGCCAGACCUUUAGCAAGGACUCCCAGGUGCCGCCUCCGCCUUCCCCGCCCAGGCAGGCCAGCCCGGACGACGCGGCCCUGCUCUCCGCCUCCUCCUCCUCGUCCCCGGAGACCAAGAAGGACCGGCGGUCCGGUCCCAAGACGGACUGCGCCCUCAACCGGAUCCAGAAUUUGAACCCGAGCGACGAAGAGCUGAGUUGGACCACCUUGUCCCAGGAGAGCAACUCCCCCGAGGAGACCGACAUCUGGAACGAACAAUCCUUCCAAACGGACCCGGACUUGCCUCCUGGCUGGAAGAAGAUCACGGACAUGGCGGGCAUCUACUACUGGCACAUCCCCACCGGCGCCACCCAGUGGGAGAGGCCCGCCGCCCCCGGGGAGACGGCGCUGCAGGUGGCGGGUGACCACACAGGUGUUCUACCUCCACGUAAACAGUCGCUGGGAUCCCUCAGCCCCUCCCCCACUCUUGACCAGGAGUCGUGUCAGGCUGAGGUCUUCUUCAGAGGCUCCACUCGCUCCGGCAGCACCACCUCCGACAGCUCUGUGGAACCUCUCCUGGAACACACCCUGCCCACAUGUGGGUUUGUCAACAGCUGCUACUUUCCCCGGUCCACAUCGCUCCAGGGCAUGUCGGAGCAGGACUGUGCGUCCCAGCUUCAGUAUGACAAAGACAAGACUCAGGUCCGCCGUGAUUUUGGCGGGAAGAUUGAUAGCGAGGUGUGGAAGGACUUGCAGGCGGCCACGGUGAACCCUGACCCCAGUUUGAAGGAGUUUGAGGGCGCAACGCUUCGCUACGCCUCGCUGAAGUUAAGGAACCGUCCAGCUGCGGAAGAAGACGACUCCGGCAGCACCAACGGUGACCCACAGUCCAAGUGUUUCGCAGUGCGCUCCCUGGGGUGGGUGGAGAUGGCGGAGGACGACCUGGCGCCCGGGAAGAGCAGCGUGGCCGUCAACAACUGCAUCCGCCAGCUGUCCUACUGCAAGAACGACAUCCGCGACACGGUCGGCAUCUGGGGGGAGGGCAAGGACAUGUACCUGCUGCUGGAGAACAACAUGCUAAACCUGGUGGACCCCAUGGACCGCAGCGUUCUCCACUCUCAGCCCAUCGCCAGCAUCCGAGUGUGGGGUGUGGGACGAGACAACGGCAGGGAUUUUGCCUACGUGGCGCGGGACAAAAACACCCGGAUCCUCAAAUGCCACGUGUUCCGCUGUGACACGCCGGCCAAAGCCAUCGCCACCAGCCUCCAUGAGAUCUGCUCCCGGAUUAUGACGGAACGAAAGAAUGCCAAAGCCAUGGCGGGAGGCUCUCUGCAGGACAGGAUGCAGGCGGGACUAGACCUCCCUCUGCAAGAAUUCCCCACGCCAAAGACGGAGUUGGUUCAGAAGUUCCAGGUGCUGUACCUGGGCAUGAUGCCGGUGGCCAGACCGUUAGGUAAGCGCCACAAAGAGAGACCACCACCUAGACGAGGUAACCACACGUCUCACCUGGCAGGCAUGGACAUCCUGAACGGAGCCAUCGACAGUUUAGUCAGUUCUUCCAUGAGAGACGACUGGACCCCCGUGGCCCUCAACGUGGCCGACGCCACCGUCACCAUCAGCAAGGACCAGGAUGAAGAGGAAGUGCUGGUGGAGUGUCGCGUGCGCUUCCUGUCCUUCAUGGGCGUGGGACACGACGUGCGCACCUUCGCCUUCGUCAUGGACGCCGGCGGCCAUCGCUUCGACUGCCACGUGUUCUGGUGCGAGCCCAACGCCGGGAGCGUGUCGGAGGCUGUGCAGGCCGCUUGUAUGCUGCGGUACCAGAAGUGCUUGGUGGCGCGGCCGCCCUCCCAGAAGGCGUGUGGCUCGUCGCCGCCGGGCGACUCGGUGUCCCGCCGGGUGUCGACCAGCGUCAAGCGAGGCGUCCUCUCCCUCAUCGACACCCUCAAGCAGAAGAGGCCCGUCACAGAGUUGCCGCAGUAAACCGCCAAGCUUCAAAGGCGGCGCCCCCCCUCCUAACCCCUCCCACUCGCCAUGGUAACUCCCCGCCAUCGCCGCUACCGUGGACUCCUGUAACCAUGGAAACACACGAUCGGGGAAGCCUACCAUCUUCCAGACUCCACCCAGCGGGCGAGCGUCCAUUUGGGUGAGGGGGGCGGUAUACAUAUAUCAUGCCCCUCCCCCGUAGGCGUGGGCUGCUCGAGCGUGCGUCACCGCCCCCCCUUUUAACGCGUGCUGCAGCAUGAUGGUGCACGCCCCCAAACCCCCCCCCCCCCCCCACGCUUUGAUGAAGAGACCGUAGAGUGAAGGAAGGGUGAGGCACAAAGUGAGUGGUCCCGCAUGAAACGUUCCAAACAAUACCCCGCUGCUCGUCUAGCUUUACCUGCCUCGCCGACGCGCCGUUUUUGUGUGAAGACGACGACAGCCAUGAGGGGGGGAGGGAGGGGGGGAGGGCCCUGUGACACCUGGCCGUAGGUGGGACAGGAGGUACAGUUUGGUACGUCCACAUGAACGCAAUAUUCUUCAAAUCGAAUGUCUUCCAUACUUUUCUUUUGGUCCACCAGGAGGAUCCAAGGUCAAAUGUGCCUUCACCCCGUGAAUAAUAUAAAUACAGUUUAUUAUACAGCAUUAUUCACGUGUGAAUAAUAUAAAUACAGUCUAUUAUACAGCAUUAUUCACAUGUGAAUAAUAUAAAUACCGUCUAUUAUACAGCAUUAUUCACAUGUGAAUAAUAUAAAUACAGUCUAUUAUACAGCAUUAUUCACAUGUGAAUAACAAAUACAGUCUAUUAUACAGCAUUAUUCACAUGUGAAUAACAUAAAUACAGCAUUAUUAACAUGUGAAUAAUAUAAAUACAGUCUAUUAUACAGCAUUAUUCACAUGUGAAUAAUAUAAAUACAGCAUUAUUAACAUGUGAAUAAUAUAAAUACAGUCUAUUAUACAGCAUUAUUCACAUGUGAAUAAUAUAAAUACAGCAUUAUUAACAUGUGAAUAAUAUAAAUAC